GCUUUGCUGCUGCAGCUCCAGCCUUAACAGCUGCUAACAAGAUGCACACGGCGACUGAUAUGUGCCGUUUACACACACCUGGGAGAUACUUCAUAUUAUUGUGACUGUAAAGUCCGCGGACUCGGACGGCAGCAGAGAUGGCGGGGAUCAUUAAAAAGCAGAUCCUGAAGCAUUUGUCCAGGUUCACCAAGAAUCUGUCCCCUGACAAGAUCAACCUGAGUACACUGAAGGGGGAAGGGCAGUUGUCCAAUCUGGAGCUAGAUGAAGAGGUUCUUCAGAACAUGCUGGAUCUGCCUACCUGGCUGGCUGUCACUCGGGUUUACUGCAACAAGGCUGCCAUCAGGAUACAAUGGACAAAGUUGAAAACAAGCCCCAUCUGCCUGUUUCUGGAUAAAGUGGAGGUUGAGAUGAGGACGUGUGAGGAGCCCCGCCCGCCCAACGGCCCCUCUCCCAUCGCUAUAACGGCAGGCCAGAGCGAAUACGGCUUUGCUGAGAAAGUGGUGGAGGGCAUGUCUGUGAGGAUCAACUCCAUUACCAUCAAGGUGCAGGCUCGUGCCUUCCACGCCUCCUUCGAGCUGUGGCAGCUGCAGGGCAACAGCCUCAACCCCAAGUGGGAGCGCAGUGACCUUCGCUACACCCGCGUCACCGAUCCCAAGAGAGGAGAGGUUCUGACCUUCAAAGAAAUUAACUGGCAGAGUUUACGGAUUGAGGCAGAUGCCAUUGAGAGCGAUGACCAGGACCUGAGCAGCACCCCGUUACGUCUCAUCACCAACCAGGGGCGCAUUCGCAUCGCUCUGAAACGCAGGAUAAAGGACUGUAACGUGCUGGCAUCCAAGCUGCUCUUCAUCCUGGACGACCUGCUGUGGGUUCUGACAGACUCUCAGCUCAAAGCUAUCAUUCACUACGCCAAAUCUCUCAGCGAAGCCAUGGAGAAGUCCACCCAGCAGAGGAAGAGCAUGACCGCCGAAUCCUUGCAGACCGCUCCUCCCUCCCCUGGCAUCCACAGCCUAUGGACAGAACCCCCACCCUCGUCCACGGGCAACCCCACCAAUAUAAGUCAAUAUUUUGAUGUCUUUGAUGUCAAGGAGUCUUCCUACCACACCUUCAUAUCGCGCUUGGACUUGCACAUAUGCAAUGACAGUUCGUCAGUGGAUGAAGACGAGCCUCUCCCAUCGGGCUUGCAGGGUGCCAUGCAGCUGACCUUCAGGAAGCUGGGCUUUGACUUCUAUCCCGUCCACAGACCUGCUGACGGUUGUCGACACUGGGAACGCCACAGUGGAGCCAUGGAGUCUCAUGCUCAGUGGGCGGGGAAGCUGCUGCAGGAGUACCAGAAAAGAGCAGAGGCUUGUGGGUUCCCGGGGCCUCCCGGUGAGGCGGCUCAACCAGCCGGUGACGCCCCCGCAAAGACGCUCCCAGAUGGGCAGUCCAGCCCCAAGUCCAGCAGCUCUCAGAAAGAGCCGGCGACCAGCAGGAGCUCGGCGGCAGCGGCGGCAUCUUUAGGGUCGUCGCUGAAGAGGCUACGGUCCAGCUGCGUGGUGAUCAGGAUGGAUGACGUGGACAUUCAUCAGGUGUCCACGAGAGGCCGACAGAACAAGAAGACCAAUUCUUUACUAUCCUGCAACCGGAAGGCUCUGGGCUUGCCUGACAACAUCCCAGCAGUCCAUCUGCAGUUCACCGAGUACUACUUUCCCGACAAUACUAAUUUACCAGUUCCCACGUCCAACCUGUACGGGCAGCUGAACGGCCUCCAGGUGUGCGUGGACCCGGCCAGCCUGCUGUGGAUCAAUCUCUUUUCCCGGGGGCUCCUGCACACCCUGGACCAAGUCAAAGCUUUCUACCACUUGCAAGACAGCAAUAAGGUUGAGGAACACGUGGACAUUCGUGUUGACGGAGCUCAGCUGAAGAUGAUUAUUCCUCUGGAUUCAUCUAUACUGGACCAUCCCGAACGCCCACGAUCCCUGUCUGUUCACGUACCCCAAAUGGUGGUCAGCAACACGCGCCACUGCCCCCACGGCUCCAGGUCGGACCUCGGCAGCACCUGUGAGAGGUUUUCCAGCUGCCGUUUCUUCCGGCCGGCGGGCCUUUGCCCUUACCCCCGAGACACCAGUGCCUUCCAGCCCAUUCCUGCCGCCUUCCUUCAACACUCCCGAGACACCGAGCCCCAGCCUCUGGACAGAAAGCGGCCGCGCUCUCAGGACGUCUGGUGUCUGGGGCUCACCCGAGUCACGCUAGGUUUCGAUGGAGCGCGGCGAUUCCCCAAAGGCAAAACUCAACCUUUUGUGGAGCCCUUUACCACGUCUUUGUGGAUGUGUCAGCCAUCGUCAUCGUCCCCCACCUCUAGUCCCAACGGAACCCACAAACUUUCUCCGGAGGAGCCUCCGGAGGACGAGGCUUCCCUCGCUUCAGUCCACCUCCUGGCACACACUAUCACGCCACUCAAGGUGUGGCUCAAUCACUACCAAUACGUGGCUCUCCUGAGGAUGAAGGACGCCAUGGCUCAGUUGGGGACAGAGUUGGGCCAGGAUUUACAAGGUAUUAAACAGGCUCUGGGCCAGAAGACAAAAGCAGCUACGGUCUGUCUCGCUCUUCUCGUGGACUCGGUGGAACUGGGUCUCCUUUUGCCGCCGGUCAGCUCGGCGCCUGAGGAAGAGGUCGCCCACACUCCAGAAACAGACAGUCCCAGCAUGACGGACUCUGACAUCUCCCCCACUCAUCACUCUGUCGUUGUCCUGGAGGACAACGGCUUAGCAAACGGCGUCUCCUCCGGCGCCACGGCCUUCGGUCAGGAGGAGCAGGAUGGAUCGGUGGAGGAGGCGUACGAGGCUGUGGAGGAGGGGCUGGAAGGCAGCGGAGCGAGGACGCAGGAGGACACCCUCGUUCCUCCGCAUCCCCUCUCACCAGAACCCUCCCCGGUCAUCUCCAGGGAACUGUCCACCUCCAGCCUGGAGGCAGAGCUAUCGAGCGCCAUCAACGUCACCAAGGAUGUGACCAAAGAUGCCAUCAGUGCCUCCCUGGACCUGACCAAAGGAGCUUUCUCCAUGACUAAAGAUGCCUUCAGCCUGCUCAGCCGGGGCUCGGGCAUGAGCAAGCUGUUCAGCGGACCGGCCAGGGAUCAGCUUCAGCGCUCAGAAGAGUCCUCCUCGUCCUUACGCCACCAGUCUAUGAAGCACUCGCCUUCUCAGCAAUCCUUCGACAGCGCUAUCUUGGAUGGCAGUCUGCCUGAUGAAAAUCUCUCCAUUGACAGCGAUUUCAGCGACAAUUUUGUCGUCCUUGGGGACUCAGAAUCUGGACGGGAGUUUAUUCGUGCCAACAACACACCUGGGGGCAGUCGAGGCAGUCCGGCUCCGGGGACGGAGGGGGGCUCGUCAGCCGACCUCAGCAGCUCCCUCUCCCAGAGCAUCGAGGACGUGUCUCAGGACUUGUCGUCGGUGUUGUUACUGGUCCUGAGUGGAGCUGCUUGUACCCUGGAGGUGCAAGGGGACGACCAAGUUGUAGCUGUUGAAGCACAGAACGUGACUCCUGUGCAGAUGGGCAACAUCAAGCAGUCAGACCUCCUGGCUGGUCUGGUACAAGGCGAGCCCCUCCAGAGGUAUGACAUGCAGGGCAGCAGGGGCUCUCCGUCGCUGUGCAUGCGAGCAGAAAUGGGCCCGUCUGCAGCCCGGCGCUCUCCUCUGGCCGAGUCGCUGGGCUUCCUGGAUGUGAGAGUGCAGGACUGCCAGGCAGAACUGUUGGCCUCAACACUGGCCAACAUCGGCCCGUUCCUGGAGGAUGAAUUCAGCGCUGAUGGUCAGCCCAUCAGGUUACAAGUGAGCAACGUCAACAUCACCUUGAAGGAUGACGGCCCCAGGAUCUACCCCACAGCCCCGCAGCCGGUCCCUGCCAGAUUCAUCGUAGACCAGCUCGUCCUUGAGCGAAGUGACGAUGGCAUCAUGAGGGUCAAAGCUGUAGGUACAGAGCCCAAACCCGCAGCAGAUGUUCCCGUGGCUGCUGCAGACAACGCAACCCGCUCAGACUCUGUCCAACAGCAGACUGAGAGACGAGCCCUGGAGUCCCAGCUGGGCGACACGCAGGCCGCCCUCACCCGGGCCAUCGACGAGAGAGAGCGCCUCCUCCUGGAGGUCAGGAAGUACAACCCCACGUUUACUCUUUGAGCCUCUGCGUAACUGACCUCUGACCCUGGCGCUGCUGAGCAAGUAUGAUCCAGGCCGAGCUCUGGGAACCGGCACCGUUCUUAAAAACGCAUAGCUGGACAACUGACAUGUGAAAAUAGAAGGGUGGAAGUGAUGCAAAGACUUGAUUUGGAUUCAUUUUUCUCACAUUAGUGGGGUUAAAGAAGAUCCCCUGCAUCUAUGACUAAAAAGGGGAAUGUAGAGUUAACUUCUAGGUACACUACGGUAAUUGUACUGUUUCUUCUUUUCCUUAAUCCAGCAGUCAAGAUAUUCAUUAAUCCUAUGACAAAUUCCAGUUAGUGUCUCAGCCAAAUGUGUGUGGAUUGUAAAUUCAGUGUGUGGUUUCAGUGUGCAACACGGCAUGUAAGAUGAUUUAAUUCAUUUGUGUUCUGAAAAUGUUUAGUCAAACACAUGUCAAAAGUACUUUUUCUCAUGCACAGACACUGCCAGAGAGCUGCUAGCCCGUCUUCUUCGACAAAGCAUGCGUAGUGAACAGUUAGUAUUGAUCACAAUAACUUGACACUCAGAGCUACUUAUUAAUGAAGCUUAAUUUAGUUUGGUACGUCUUUUUUUUUAUUGUUCUGAGUUGUUGUCACUUGUUAAAACUGUGUUUUGAUAGGUAGAGAAAAGUGCACUUUUUUUUCCUUUCUUUUUUUAAAAAGAAAGCAGACCUGCACUGCUUUCAUCUCAGUUUUCAUGCCGAAUGAUUUAUCAGCAGGGUCAAAAUUGUUAUGCACUUAUCAAAAACGCAGCUUGAGUCAUUCCCAAGUGUUAAAUUAUUCCAAGAGUUGUGAAAUACUAAUCACGUUUCUUUUAUACUGCGAAACAAUGUGCUCUUUCCGCUGUGCAGAGAAUUGUGCAAGGAAUUUUAAUCAUCUGGUUUCAACACAUUUGCGAUUUGACCAUUUUCAAGAGAUAACAUUAUGGAUCGGCUAAUAAUGUGUUCUUCAGCUUGCCAGGAGACCUGUGUCAUUUUAUGAUUUUGUUUUUUUUAAUGGUCAAAACAGCUUAAAUUGUUAGUUAAUUCUGUUGUUUUAUUUCUCUAUUUAUUGACAUUUUAUGCUGUUCUUAGAUCUGAUUUACUACAGUGUUUGGAAGCCAUAUCAAUCAAAGAGAUAUUUAAGAAACAAUACAGCCAUGGUACUGAUAACAUCUAAUAUGCUCACCAAACUUAUUAUGAAAACAGAUUUUUUGAUUGUUUUUAAUUGCAGGUUGUUAAGGCCAAAGUUUUUUCCCCUACAUAAAUCAAACAAAAAUGAUUUUUGUAUUAAAAAAACGAACAAAAACAUUAUUACAGUGUAUUUAUGUUAUGGAAAAACACAACUGUGUCUAACAUCUACAGUUUUUGUGUUGAUGAAUCAGGGUUUCAAAGCUAAUUUACAGGGAUUUUCAGAUCUUUCACUUCCUUUAAUUUGGCUCUGAGGGAAGCUGGAGACCUCUGGUGGCAGAAACCUGCUACAACAGUUUAAUUUAAGUUUCUUUUUAACAGUGGUUGCCUUGUACGAUAUGAAUGACAAAUGUACAUUCUUCAAGAGGAAUGUUGUGUAUUUAAGGAAUGGAAGAACACCUUGGGUUGUUCAUGAACAUGAUCAAGUGUGGCAACACUACAUUUCUUUCUAAAUGUGGAAUUUAUCUCUUGAUAUGACUACAGAUUUGUCAUUUAUUAAUAUUCUCCCUUGAACUGCAUGCAAACUCAAAAAAAUCACAACUCAUUGUAAAGCAGAGAUACUGCCAGUUACCUCAGUAUCACUUAUACACUUGAUCCUUUUACUAGCUUUUAGUAUUAUGUUUUUGCAUGGCCUUAAUAGACAAAGAUGUGCUGGUAUAAAGGUAAACGUGCCACACUGGAUACCACAUGUAGCUCUGAAGUUUUUUCUCUCCUCUGUCAGGUGUUAAGUAGCAGCUCUGUUCCUCAGGCAAACUGGUGCUUCGAGUUAAAUGUCCUCAUAACCUGUUCCACUAGACUUCCUUUGCACUUUGGAGCAGGCCGGGGGUUUAUAACGCAACUGUCACCCACUGUGCCACGUGGCCUGGGGAGAUGGGACAGAGUAAAGAGAAGACUGCAAGGUGUUGUGUUUUUCCUGUAAAAUAUAUGCAUGGACUGAGGUCGUGUGUCGUUUAUGCCUCGUGGAUUCUUGCAGUGGUGAAGUCAGUUCACUGCAAAUGGCAUUUGUUCGACUGUACAUCACGUCAGCCGAAUGCAGAGGAGUCAUUGUGGAAACAUUUCAAGAGGGUAAAACAGUGGACAGUAUUUCCUUUUUUGUCAGUUGUGUAAAACUUACAUUGGAUUUUGUAUGGCAUUCAUCACUUCAUUGAGACUAAUAUAAACUGGUUCUGUGAACCACAACUAAAGUGUAAAAAUAAAUAAAUUGC